AUGACGGAUGAUCUAACGGAGCGUUGGAGUUCUUUUUCUUUAUCUGAAUCCGAGAAAUCAACUGUUCGCUUGUCUGACUCCACGGAGUUAAAUAAGGCUUUCGAUACCACGAAGUGUUUCCUGUUUAAGCUUUUGUCUGUGAAGUUUUAUAAUAAGGAGGCUUUCAAAAGGAUGAUGAAGAACGUGUGGUAUCCGUCGGGGAGUUUUCAAAUUUAUGAUAUGGGGGAUAACCUCUUUUUGGCAGCCUGUUCUUCGCGGGGUGAAAAAGAGAGGAUACUUUCUAAUGGCCCCUGGACGUUUGGGAAUAGUCUGGUUAUUUGUACUAAUUAUGACGGGACUUUACAGAUUACCAAAGUGCCUAUGUCUCUAGCUUCUUUCUGGGUUCGCAUGUAUGAUUUGCCGCUGGAUGGGAUGAAUGCACGGGCAGUUCGCAAGAUAGCAGCAACCCUGGGUGUUGUUGAAGAUGUUGAUCUCAUCGAGACGAGACCGGGGUGGGGAGAAUAUGUUCGUGUGCGUAUUUCCUUGGAUAUAAGCAAACCUUUGCCGCGUGGUAUAAGGGUUGCUGUGGGAGAAACUGAUUACGUAUGGGUUCGUUUUAAGUAUGAGAAGUUGCCACAAUUUUGCUAUUAUUGUGGGCUACUGGGACAUGGGGACCGCGACUGUCUGCAGUGGAUUAAUAUUAAAGGUGAAGCUAAAGAGUCUGAUUUUCCUUACGGAUCAUGGAUGCGGGUGGGGAGUGUUUCUGUGCGUGCACGCAAUUACUUGGGUCCGUCGACUGCAGGAAGCCCUGGCAACUCGAUUCCCGUAGAUGGUGAUCGGAGUAAUCUGUUGGUGAAAGAUUCAAUGGCAGUUCCCGAAAAGCCAUUGAAAUCUUUGUCGGUUUCGGAAAAUGUUCUGCUUACUGGUAAUGGGUCGGAUAAUCAACUGUUUGCUGUGAAUAAGGAUGAGCCUCGUAUGGGCCAGGGGCCCAUUUCAAAAUUAACCCAAAUGUCUUUUGUGCAUUUGAAGGAAAACCUUUCUGUAGAAGCAUCUUCAUCUUCUAGUAAGGGGAAUCAACGAAAAUCAAGCGUAGUCCGUCCCUCUCGUGCACGAGUGUCUCGUUCCCCCUUGACUCCUUCUAAACGACAGUUGACUGCGAAGGCUACUCCUGAUUCGGGUGGUCUAACCCAGGUGAAGAAGCAGAAAUCAAGAGAAGAUGAUUCCUUGGUGGAGAUCCCUAUUUUAUCGGCGGAGGCUGAGAUCCAGCCCCGCCGCAAUGGGCUCCAUCGGUCGUUCGGGUGGAUUGUGUCUCUUCUGGCGACAGGAGUCUUACAGGUUAUUCAGCCUUGUAUCUCUGAUUCUGUGAAUGGGGAUCUAGUGCGUGGGUUCACAGCGUCUGAGAUAAGGGGAGCUUUGUUUCAAAUGCAACCAUUGAAAGCUCCGGGCCCGGAUGGUAUGCCUCCUUUAUUUUUCCAAAAAUAUUGGCACUUGGUGGGUGAUACUGUUAUUAAUUCUGUUUCACAAGUAUUGGUUUCGGGAGUUAUGCCUUCUGAUUUUAAUCUUACAAAUAUCGUUUUGAUUCCAAAGACUAAACAGCCCGAGUAUUUGAAGGAUUUUCGCCCGAUUAGUCUGUGUAAUGUGAUUUACAAAGUUGUUGCUAAGGUUUUAGCUAAUAGGCUGAAGUUAGCAUUACCUGGAGCUAUUUCUGAGAACCAAUCAGCUUUUGUUCCUGGAAGGUUGAUUACCGAUAAUGUGUUAGUGGCCUUUGAAACAGUGGAUGCUAUUAGAAGGAGAAAGAGGGGGAGAAAGGGUUGUAUGUCUAUUAAAUUAGACAUGAGUAAAGCCUAUGAUAGAGUUGAAUGGGUUUUUUUAGAAAAACUUAUGUUGCGUAUGGGCUUUAAUCCCCAAUUUAUUCGCUUAAUUAUGAUGUGCAUCACAACAGUUUCAUAUAAAGUUAUUGUGAAUGGGGUUACAACUCAGCCCAUCAAGCCCUCCCGUGGUCUACGUCAAGGGUGUCCCCUCUCUCCCUAUUUGUUUGUCUUAUGUGCGGAGGCACUUUCUUUAUUAUUGAAGCAAGCUGAAGAGCAGCAACUUCUAAAGGGUGUUAGUGUGUGUCUUAAUGCUCCUCGGGUCAGUCACUUGUUUUUUGCGGACGAUAGUAUCAUUUUCUGUCAAGCAUCUAUUUCAGAAAAUCAGCAUCUUAAAAAUUUGAUAUGUUGUUAUGGUGUGGCAUCGGGUCAGCAGUUAAAUAUGGGCAAAACUGAAUUGCUUUUCAGUCGCAAUACAGAUCCAAGUGUGAUAAGUGCUAUUAAAGAUGUGUGGGGGGUUCAAGAUAUUCAGCACCAUGCUAAAUAUCUUGGGCUUCCUUCUUUUGUGGGAAGAUCGCGUUAUCAGACUUUCAAAGGUAUUAAGGAUAGAGUUUGGGCAAAGUUACAAGGUUGGAAAGAAAAAUUAUUAUCACAAGCUGGCCGUGAGGUGUUGAUCAAAGCGGUAGUUCAAGCAAUUCCGACUUAUGUUAUGAGUUGUUUCAAGAUUCCUAGGGGUUUUUGUAAAGAGCUUGAGGGGAUGAUUGCAAGGUUUUGGUGGGGUCAAAGAGGUCAAGAAAAAAGGAUACAUUGGCUGAAUUGGAGAAAAAUGUGUCAGUCUAAAUUUAUGGGUGGUUUGGGUUUUCGGGAUUUGGAGGUUUUUAAUAUAUCUUUAUUGGCAAGGCAAGGUUGGCGCUUACUUCACUCACAAGGGUCUCUUUUCACUUCAGUUUUUAAAGCAAAAUAUUUUCCUAAUACUGAUUUUCUAUCUUCGAUGCUUGGCUCUAAGCCGUCAUAUGUAUGGCGUAGCAUUUUUGAAGCAAAACCUGUUAUCAAAGCGGGGAGUUUAUGGCGUAUUGGCAAGGGUGAUAACAUCAAGAUUUGGGGAGAUAAUUGGCUUGCUGACUUGAAUUCAAAACAGGUUGUUACUAGAUGUAAUACCCUUGCUGAGGAUGCUGUUGUGGCUGAUUUAAUGGAUCCUUCUACGCCUAGUGGGUGGAAUUUGGAUUUGGUAAACCAGGUAUUUCUUCCUUUUGAGGCUCAAACUAUUCUUAAAACUCCUCUAUUCUUACAUUGGGGUGUUGAUAAAUUAGUGUGGAGUGGCACUAGAUCUGGUAUUUUUUCUGUAAAGUCAGCUUAUCAUCUUGCCCUUAAUCUGAAAUCUGCUUUGGGGAAUGGUUCUAGUAAUCAAGAUCAUCCUUGUUCUUUUUGGAAGGUUUUGUGGAACUUACAGCUUCCAAAUAAAAUUAAAAACUUUAUUUGGAGGGCUUGCAAGGAUAGUUUGCCCACAAAAAAGCUCCUAUUUCAGAGGCAUGUUCUGGGUUCUUCUACUUGUGAUUUUUGUCACAAUGCUUGCGAGGAUGUUUCUCACAUUCUCUGUCAGUGUCCUUAUUUUUUCAGAGUGUGGGAAAUGUUUUUUGGAAGAAAUCUGAGUUUGUUAUUUGGCUAUCCUUGUUUUCUCUCUACUAUUAAAGCAAUUAUACGCCUUAAUGACCAUUUUAUCUUGACCCGUUUCUUGAUAAUUGCUUGGGGUGUGUGGAAAUUUCGAAACCUGAAGUUUUUCCAGCAAACCAGCACUCUUGAUGUGUGUGAUGUGGUGAGAAAUUGUCUUGAUUAUGUUGAGAACUUUCAGUUACUUCGUAAGCAUGUGAGUGUUCAUCAUCAGUCUUCAACUUUGUGUUGGUUACCUCCACCUUGUGGGUUUUUCAAACUGAAUGUAGAUGGAGCCAUUUUUGAGGCCUUGAAUUGUUCUGGGGUGGGUGCUGUUUUGCGGGAUGAUAAGGGAUGCUUGGUUAUGGCAAUGUCUAGAAGGGAGUUGGGUAUUCAUGAGGUAGAAGACAUAGAAGCUCUUGCUGCACUUAGGGGUUUGCAAUUAACCUCUCACUUGGGUAUUUCUCAUCUGAUUUUAGAAGGGGAUUCUUUUGCUGUGAUGGAAGCUAUAUGCUCUAGGGGGGAGAUUUUGGAUAGGUGCAGUAUUUUAAUUCAUGAGGUGAAGAAGAUUCUGUCCACUUUUGAAUAUUUUGAAGUUCUGCAUGUGGGAAGACAUGGUAAUGAGGCUGCACAUAUUCUGGCUCGUCAAGCAAAGUUUGUGGAUGAUACACUGCAAUGGUGGAAUGAUCCUCCAGAUUUUCUUCGUAGCAGACUUGAAGUGGAUGCUGGGCGUGUCCUUCCUUAAUUGUUGUUUCUUUUGUUUGUCUUAAGCACCUUGUUGGGUUUAUGAUGUAUUUGAAUAUUUUAUCUA